UCUAUUUACUGCAAGACACAGGGCUGCAUUAUCGAUAUAAAUUUUUAGAAAAAAUUGUUGUGUAUUGUAUUUCUAUAAAACAAAUAUCAAUAAAAAUGCCAGAAAGCGAUGUUACCAAAAUGAAGGUUGCCGAUCUGAAGCGCGAGCUGAAGAUGCGUGGCUUGCCAUUGAACGGCAAUAAAAAUGAGCUACAGGACCGGCUGCAGACGGCAUUGCUUGAGGGUGACAUUUCGCUGGAGGAUAGCGCAAUAGCCGACGCCAUUGCGGACGGAAUAGACGACGAUGUCUCGCUGACCGAUGAGGACGAGCACAAAUUGUUGGGCGAUGAUCAUGAGGAUUUGUUGCUGAAAAGUCCCGUAAGCACGCCGACGGCUUCAACUGCAACAUUGCCAGAGUUAUUGAAGGCGACUGCUGCAUCGACGCAAUCGAAGCCGGAAGAAACAAUUGCAUCGCCACCAGCUAAAAAGGUUGUGCUAAAACGCAACAACUCGCAGCAACAUUUGACGACGCUGGCCACAACACCAACAACCACAUCGAAGGAGAAUGCAGCACCCAAAGCAGAAGCCAGUAAUCCAGCCUCGGAUGCGGAGGAGAAAACGACAAAGACACAACGCAAACCCAUUGUUGUUGGAGGCACUGAGGCGGAUGACAAAGAUGCCACAAAGGGAGCCAGCAAGAAGCUAGUCGAGCUGAGCACCAAGGAGCGCUUGGAGCUGCGUGCCAAAAAAUUUGGCAUUACAGUUGAUGCGAAUGCUUCAGCCGCUGCUGCUGCUACGACGACUGCUGCUUCUCCCGUGGUCAACAAGUCGUCAAGUGCAUCGAUAAAAGCCAACAAUGGCAACAAGGAAACUGAUGAACAGCAAAAAGAAGCAUUAAAACGACGUGCCGAACGUUUUGGCUGUGUGGUGCCAGAAAAGAAUGCAAGAACAACGUCAACAGCCGUUGACGAGAAGCUCCAAAAACGCAAAGAACGAUUCGGUGGUGCUGCCUCAACUGAUGUUGCUGCUGUCCCGGCUGCUGCUGCCGCUGCCACCACCGAAUCUAAGGGUCAAGGUGACUGGGCUGAGAAGGCACGUGCUCGUCUAGAGCGAUUCAAAGCUACUCCAGCGGCUGCUCCUGAAACCGCAAAGUAAAUAAGAGCAUUUCCAUCUACCAGAACCCCUGAUCAACAUCCACGCACAUAUAUAUUAUUAUGCUCGGACUCUUUUGUAUUUAAGCCACUAUUAACCACCAAUAAUGCGAUUAGCCGUUAAGCUAAAGUUAAUAACUAUAAUUUCGAUGUCA